CCGAGGGAAUAUCGCAGCGCCGAUACUUAGUAGCGCCGUCGUGCAGUAACCCGUGUUGGUUCUGUCUGUUGUGUGACAGAACUAAAAACGAAACGCGCCGACUUCUACGAAAUCGUGUUUAUUACCAAAAAAGUUGGGGUAAAUAUGGUAAAAAAGUGAACUGUUUAAAGCCAAAAGUGUGAGUUCGAGUUCAGUGCCCAAAAAUAUAAUUUAUUAAAGGAACUAACAAUACUAAUGUAAGUAAAACGUCAAGUGUUUCCAAUGAUGGCGCUAUGCCCCUAAACAAGUCAGGAAUAAAUUCACCUUAACCUCAUUUUAGAUUUUUGUAAACAAGCCCAAAUGCUAAUGAAACUGAAGCCUCAACCCUUGGCGCCAAGAAUUUUUUCAAACCAUUCCACACUUAACUAAAUAAUGUGAACAAACAACGAUGUUUACCAAAACAUGGGAAAUGAGAUUUUGUUUGUAGUACAUACUAUCAAUCAAAUUUUCAAAAUAAAACUGAAAACUAGGAAUCACAAUGAAUAAUCAUGCCACUAGUAUUACAGGGAAUCCUACAACAUCUGAUUACUAUUAUAAUACUUACAAUUCAGUUAAGCAGGAAACAAACGAUGAUCCUGAGAUCAGAGAAUUGGCCGCUAAAUUUGUUGAAGCGAAUAAGGCUAAAAUGGCAGCACCAGCAAAAAAUCAAGUUGUUGGACAAGCAACCAUGAAUCUUAUUAGUUUUUUAACCAGUGACAAACUAAAAAAUAUAAAAGUUGCAAGCCCCACUAGUGGCAGUUGUGAUGAAAAUAGAAAUAUUGAUGAGGAAUCAGCCAAGGGAAGAUUUGGUUGGACUUCCAUGGGAAAAAUACAGAUUCCGUACAUAAUCCGAUUGGGGGAAAAUUAUUGUUCUGUCCGGAUGGUGGAAAUGAAAGUACUGAAUAAAUGGCUGAACUAUUUACAUCAGGAUCUCUACAACUGUACAAACAUAAGAAGUUAUUAUAUUACCGAAACCGAAGCCCGACUGUUUAAUGAAAUAAAUUUAAAACAUUGUGAUUAUCAAUUUGGUAGAGAACAAUUUACAUCACGGGAUUUAAUAGUGAGACUGGUCGAUGCAAAUGAAUUUUACCAGUUUUUAGGACAUUGCUAUCAUAAGUUAGUCAAUACAACCGAAGUUGAUGUGCCUAACCGGUGUGGUUUUAUCCGAAUAAAUAGAGAAUCUGUGGUGCCCUAUACUGUAUAUAAUAGCCAAAAAUAUGUACCACUUUUUUAUUUUGAAGGUGAAACAGACAACCUCAAACUACGUGCAGAUAAAAUAGAUGGAUGGGAUCUUUCAUAUUUAAAAUUUUGUUGUAAAGUGCAAGGAAUAAGAAAUGAGCUGUUUGCACAUGAUUCUUGUUCAGUUAUAAGUUUGAAUGAUAUAAAAAAUUACUUUCCUCCUGGAACAGUUUUUGAAGAUUAUUGGCCAAAAAAAAAUUUAGAACUAUCUCAACUUUUAAUCAGUGGAAGAUCAAGUAUACCACAAAAUGUCCACUGGACUAGGCAACCAGCUGCUCCACCAAUUACGACACAUCCACCUCCAAGUCCUAAACCAGCAACUCAAGCAAAAGCUGCAACUAAUGGACCAAUGCAUAGUGUUCAUCUAUAUUCAAAUAAUUACACUGUUACUGGAGGUCAAUCUGCCUACCACAUUGCCCAACCCAGGGCAGCCAGUUCUGCAAUUCGAAGUUAUCCAUCUGCAACUAGACAAAUGAGGCCUGCAGCUGGUUACUAUACCACUAUGAUACCAGGUCCUCCACCACCUCCACUAUUAAGGGCUGGAACAUCUGCGAUAAACCAAAGUAAUACCCAGAAAUACACAUCCAAUCAAAAUUACAUGGUUAUAGACCCCCAAGCCGCUUACCAUCAGCCAACGACUUCAAAUAAUUAUCCCCAACCCCCUCUGUUGCAGCAUAUGAAUGGCACUAUAGCAAGAUAUGAAGGUCCUUCAUCAAGUAAUUAUACUCCAACAAACUCAGGAGUUAAUCAAAACCCAGCUCAUCAAGCAUCAUCUAGAGCACAAACCUCCGAGCGUCCUACUCUAUUCAACAACGGAAAAAGUGUGUUAAUGCCAAAUCAGAAUGCAACCGCUGAUACUGCCGCAGCUGCAACUAGGAAAUUAACUGUUAUACCAGAAUCUAGUCCUACUUCAAAUACAGUGACGAACGUUCCAUAUAAAAUGCAAAAAGCUCAAGUUCAAGGCAAAAUGCUUAAUUUAAUAAACAUGAAGGCAUAUGUUUACACUGACUAUUUGGUGACACUUCAAGAUUUGGUAACCAACUUUUUCAUGGGUGUGACCGGGCAGAGCUCGCAGCAAGUACUGCAAGUUUUGGGCAUUGAAGUAUAUAAGGCAAAUGCAGGCCAAAUGCAGGUGCUUUUGGAGCAAGGCAAAUGUACGAAUGUUAACGAAACUGUACCUUUAGUUCAAAUAAGAAAUGUGAUAGAAUUUAUGCCUCAAUUAAAGUAUAUGUUGAGCGGCAUGGUAAGUGAAUCGCCCAGUAAGAUCCCAAGAAAUAGCUAGGGGUCAAUUAUUUGGAGGCCACCAUGGAAACAUGAUGAGUCCCCAAAAAUUGAAGUACCAGCAAUGAUGGACAAUUCACAAUACACAGAGCAAUCUUCUACUUUAGACACAAUCCACGAGUUGAGGAAACGCUACCAAACCACUGCCCAAUUGGAGAAAUUCGCGGAAAAUUACAUCAGUGGUGUAGGAGAUGCUUAUUGGGAUCGGAUGUCCGGCUACCUUCUAAAUGCAACUAUACAAUAUCAUAUGAACAACAACUGGAUAAAGCCAGCAGCGGACAUGGAUAAUAAGUAUUAUUCAAACGAUCCUCGAUAUAACUGUUAUUGGUGAGCUAGCUAUACAUUUAUGCUAUGAAAGUUGUUCCUACGAAGACGUAUUAAAAUUACAAUUUGUAAAACUAAUUUAUUGUAAAGGUACAGCUUGGGGCUGAAAUACGAUUUUUCAUUACACAGAAGCAUGCUCAGCAAUCAGUGUCAAGUCAAUUAAAAGCCAGUGUUUCAUAGCACCAACUGUUAUUAACUCAUACAAUGAGUUUGUAUUGAUUUGGCCGAAUUCUCAUUCAUUGGAUGCUCGGUUAAUUAGGUCACCUGGUCAUUAACUGAGACUUUUGGUUCUUUCUCUGCAUUAUGAGCUGUCUUAGGUGCUGAAAGUCUUCAAUGAGAAAUUAACGUUUACUGCCUGCUGCACAAGAUAUUUGUCUUCAUAGAAUCGUGCGAGUUAUCUCGCAUUAAGUCUACUUUAUUCUACCGACACACAUUGUCUCCUUCAGGUGGACAAUAGAUAGUGGAUUGUCUUAAGCAAAAAAUAUUUUCUAUAUUAUUCUCUUUUGCAUGGUACCCAAUGGUUUAUACUUUGUCAAAUUUGCUCAAAUUACAGGGCCAACCACUGAAAUCUUUCCAGCCAAGUUUUGUAGUGUUUGCUAGAAAAAUCAAAAAGUGCUAGGACCCGUCAAUUUUUGUUUUGAGGGAGAAACAGAAACAUUUUGUGCAUAUUUUCCACUUUUCAAUUUUACCUCCUGAGCAGGUCCCCUCCUAAAAUAGUAAAUGGGAAAGGUUAUCAAGUUAUAGGCUCAUUUUAUAGGCCUUUUGGCCCUAAUUACAGCUGCCAAGUAUCAUCUUGAAGUCUCUGCUGGCACUUCCAUUGACAUGACAACUUGAAGAAAGUCUUUUUAGUUAUUAAAUGUUAAUUAAUAAGGAAAGUUAGCGACUUCAAACCUGAUGGCUGUGAUGAGGGUCAGAGGACCUUUAAAAUAAGCUAUGACUUAACCCUUCGGGCAGGGGUGAGUAUUACCAAAUAUUUAAAUUCUAAAAUCUAAUAUCCUAAUAAUAAUCCUACCCCCGCUCAGGCAGUGAAAUUAUGAAUUGGAAAAUAUUCGCAAAAUUUUUAUCCCUCGAAAAAAAAUUCACCGGUCCAAGCGUUUUUCGAUUUUUGUUAGCAAACGAUAGAGAACUUGCGUGGAAAGUUUUCAGAGGGACUGUACUAUAUACCUUUAAUAUAUUAGAGAAUAUUUGAAAUUGAAACCAAAUAUGUUGACAAGGAUAUUUAUUUUUGCUUUCAAUUUCUAAUAGUUUGCAAAAGAAAUUAGUAGAGGUUAUUUUUUUGUAGGCAAUUCUUGUUUGUAAGACAUUUUGUGUAGGCAUAAAAUGAAUAUUAUAACCUAAGCAAGUUUCGAAGAAAAGGUAAAUUCGCUUUACUUUAUGCCAAACCAUCUGCUUCAGCCUUUACAAUAACUAUCUGAUUUAUAAUUGUUUUAUUUUUUUACGUUUUAAUUAUUAUAUGACGUUUAUGUAGUUGAAAUUGUAAAUAUUCAAUAUUAAGGUUUACUUUAGUUAUCGUUGCUUUUUUUUAUUCCUUUUUAUGAUUUUUAUUGCUUUAUACAUUUUUUAUAUUUGAUUCAACACGAUUUUUUCCAAAGACUCGCGUAGCCAUACUGAUGAAUUGUGAAAUAGCAAAAGGUGUUGAAUCUUCAUGAGAAAAGUAUAUUUUUUUUUUGUCUCUUUUUUGUUAGAUAAUUAUUUAUAGAAUCUCACAGCACUGGCAAAAAACCAAUUAUUCAUUGUGUAUUAUUAUAUUAUUGUUUAAAAAUGUUAACCCCUAUUUUUAAUUUAAAGACAAAUAUUUGCCUGUAUAGCAUUUAUUUGAAUAAUCAAUUAUUAAUUACAAAAAACUCUUUAUACCUUUAAUUUUUUUUUCUAAUUUUACUUGAUCUGACAGGUAUUUCAUAAUUAGGUUUUUAAGAAAUACACUUAUUAGUUUUGGCGGCAUUCAUAUCUGUGAUAACAUUAUAUUAUGUAGAGUUGUCGUUUCUAAUUAAUGCAAAUUUUUCACCACUACUUGAGGUUCAUUCUCGGGAACUCAGUUAUUCUCGUUUACCAGGCUAUUCUUUCCCUAAGAACUCCAAAAGGACUUAAUACCAAUUUUGUGAAGUUCAAUUUUUUUCAUGAAGUCUUGAAACCAAUAUAGAGCUUCAUAAAUUUGCUUCCUUAAUGGGUAACACCGCCAAGAAUUGACUGUUUGCUUGAAUGUUCUUUCAAAACGGCUUAUCCGGAUUUUUCAACAAAAAAGAACAAUUCGUUUCUGUACCUUGCACAUAUACAUUACUAGCUAAACAAUGUUUUGUUCAUUUUUGUUGCAAUAAUCUCAUUGGCAUCAGAUUACAGACUUCAUAAGCGGCCCCACACAAUCAGUAUUACACUCAAUACUUGAUACCGACUGUGCUUCCACAGUAUUCAUAGGAAAACCUCAAACGAUCAAUAUUGUAAUCAGUAUUUUGUUUAAACAGCAUUUUAAAAGCCAUAUUUUUGGUUUAUCCUGCAUAAUAUUCCGGGAUGGAUAAAAUGAUAUAGUUUUUUCCUGUAAUUGCUUGUCAAUGUAUUUUUACUUUAUAUCGUCAAUGGUUGCAAUUACGUAUUUUUUUUUCAAAUAUACCAUUUAGCUUCUUCUAUCCUCUUUUUCAUCUAGAUAUUAUUCAAAAGGCACAUUCCAAAGUUCAGACAAAGCAUAAUAUUCCUGUAUAAAGUUCUCGAUGUUUCUUGUUUUCCAUUCACGCAAUCGACAUUGAAUCCACUCUUAGCAUAUAUUAUAUACCCCAUUGAUAAUUAUUUAGUACUGAUGAAGAAUUGACAUUAUGGCCCUUGGUCAUCAUUUUUUCAGUAGUGCAGCUGUGUCCUCAAUAUUGACAGGAUUAUUUCAGGAUUCCCAAAGUAUCUCAGUACCUAUACUCAGUAUUUGCCCUCUGAUGAUCAGUAUUUUAAAAAAUUGACAAUAAUACUGAUCAUCUGAGAAUUCUGACGGAUUAGGUUGAAAAUGCAUCACAUCUAACUUGCUUUAACUUUCACAAACCAGUUCUUACUCAUCCUAUAAUAUUUUAGAAAAUUAAUCAAACAAAAUUGUUCCAUUUGCUUGAAAGCAGCUGUAGAUGCAAGACAGUCACUCAUUGGGACAAUUAAUCAGAAGGUUAUACAAGUCCAAAGUUUUUUAUUGAAUGAUUUAUCUACCACCUUGCCAAAACAUUUUAAAAAGUGCGCAUAUAGCUUCUCUUGAACAUUUUUCCAUAGCUGCUGGUUUCUACGAUAGUAGAAUAGUAUAUUGUAGACGGAAAUGUUACUCAUUCUUGGUUGACACCUAUUGCUAGAUAUUGCAACCAACACGUAGGCGAAGGAUGGACUUCUUCUCAAAAAAACGCAUGCUAUUUUUUCUGCAAUCAAAAAUGGAUAGAAAAGAUGGAAUUAAAAACAGUUAAGGUCUCAUUAGUUGUAUUCCUUUCACACCUAGGAGGAGCUCCGGAACAGCUCCAGGGCGUUACGCGCUUAUUCCUUCGAAAAGUGUUUGUUGCACCACGCAUCUAUUCCUUUCAAAUCGGGGGCGAGUAGUUGAAGUGUUUUAAACUCUUGAAAGGCAUACAACUACUAAUGCUCACAUGCUUCGCCCGCAUCGGACUUGAUGAGACCACAAAAAAAAAGAAACUAUUAAACAUUAUGCAAACUGUUACAAAAACUGCAAAAAUGCUGGAAGCAACUGGAAUGGACUUUUGGAGGUGAGCGGCAAGCAGGUCAAAAAUGGAAAGGAAAACAAAUCAGAGAAUUCUAAAGGAAGAUGCCACAAAUAACAUGGCCAAUUGUUGUAAUUGAACCUGUGGGUUCUUCAUAAUUAUUAGAUCAAUAUUACGGAUUUCUAAACUUCCAUUAGUAUGGCCCAUAGAAAAAUUUGUUCCAUUUGAACAUUGUUCACCAAAGACAUCCUCUAUUGUUUGUUUUACAUUUUCUGUUCAAUAUUAUGGUCUAAAUUAUUGUAUAAAUAGAGUACCAGCAUAACGCACUACCGAGUUGAUGUGUCUGCUCGCUUACACGAGCUUCCAUGCUGGGAGCAGAAUGUGUUCCGAGUGACCUAUUACUUUUUCCCAAAAUGGAUGAAAAAAGCAAUGAUUGAGUUGUGAAAAGAAAUGUUGCAAUCCUUUGAAGAUGAAAUGCUGUAUGCCAUUCAGCUCCAAAGGUAUUUUUGUGCUUCGCCCAAUUGUUGAGCUCAGCACAAAAAGACGCACUUCUUGGCCUAAUGACAUAAAUACAUAAUCAUUAUUUUAUGAAAGCAAAAAUGCCUCGAGUAUUUUUGAAGGGAUGUAAAGCACAAAAAAGUUAAAUGUCGUGGCUUAUAGAAAAAAUAGCUCAGUAAUAAUAAUUGUAAGGCGAAUGCAAUAUGAGGCAUUUUCUGUUGAGUGACAAAAAGAGUAGAGAAAGAAAAAAAAAAAACUUUGAAUGAUCAUUGUAUUUGAAAAAAAAAUUAUUUCUUUUUCCAAUAUACAUAUGUAGGUACAGGGUAUUCGAGGACCGAGCAGGGACUUAUUUUUGACCUUUCCUGUUUUGUUGAAAAAAUCCAAAACGGCCAUCUAAUGUUUUAUUUUCUGCAGAAUUCAAAAAUUAUGUAAAAAAAAACAUUUUAGCCAUAGAGACAAGACAUAGAUAGGACUUGGAUCGUGUUUUUCAAAUGGAACAACCCUGCUUUUUAUGUGAUUGUUGAAAAUUAUCGUUAUUUCGAUAACUGUUUUUAUUGUAUGUAAUUAUGUAAUUGUAUGUAAUAUGUUCAACUCAAAAUGAUUGUCAUAGGCGAUAAAGGUUCAAAGUCAAAAGUAAUUUGACAUAUGUUUUUAUUAAGCCAAGAAAAUGCCAGAAGAGGAUUUAUUGAUCACCCAUAACAAGACUUUUGAAUUAGCUGACUAUGGUAUUGUAUAUUCUAGUUUUGCCGAUUGCUGGGGUGUUCUUGUAUUGAUAAUAUCCUUGGUUUUUGUUUUCCUCAUAAUUUUCAGUAAUCUCCAACUUUCUGUGUUUUUUCUACCUCCCAGAUAAGUAUUAAUAUGCCCACAGUUUCUUUCCCAUGACUGGUUUUUUUCUGUACUAUUUUAUUCCGUAUUCUUGCUUGUGCUUCUUUACAUAAUUCGUUGUGUCCUGUCUUAUUUGAACUUAGAUACUGUUGAUAUUUCUUCCUUUUAUCUACUAUGUCUUUCCCUAUUUCUUGAUCUCACCAAUAAGGCGGGGCCUUCUUCCAGUUUUCUCGUAUUUGCCUAGGGCUUCAAAUGCUGCACUGUGAAUACCCCUUAGAUAUAGUGGUAAUGCAUUUGAAGGUUUUGGAAGUUCAUAAACUUUGUAAUUUUUGAUCUAAUCUUUUCAUGUUCUUGUUUUUUCUUUCCGUUUUCUUUUGCGGUGUUUCUGCCCGGGAUAAAGAUUUUUAUUUUCAGGAGGUAGUGAUCGCUACCACAGGUCGCUCCCCCAUAAUAUGCUCUCACAUCCUGGAAUUUCAUGUUUGAUCUCUGUUUUGCGAUAGUGUAGUCAAUAAUCAAAGUAACCAUUUAGGAUUUCUAGGUUAUUUUGCUGGCAUAUUACUAUAAGCCUUUCACCAUGGUUAUUCGUUACAUUCUCUCCGAAUUUUCCGACUACCUUGUCGUUGAUUAUUCUUCCUGUUCGUCCGUUAAAGUCUCCCAGCAAUAUUAUUUCCCUUGAAGUUCCUACUUUUAUUACUUGCUCACUGAGUUGUUGAUAAAAUGAAUCCUUUAUAUUAACAGGUUCAUCUAGGUUCACCCCAUAUAUUCCCAAGAUUGUUAUUUUCCUUCCGAACAUACGUACAUUUAGUUUUAUUAUUCACACAUACAUACAUCUUUUUCUAUCUCAAUGAAAUGUUAGAGCAAGAGAAUCCUAAAAAUGUAUUGAAAUUAGCUUGACAAGUGAAAAUGGGAAAUAUAGGUAGGUAUGUAUAGUGAAGGAUGGGAAAUUGAAGCCAUGCUAUGUUUUUGAAAAUAGACCCUAUCACCUACAAACUGCCAUUAAUAUAGCUAAAUAUCUAUGGAAUACGAGUCUUUCUUGCCUGUUUUGAUUAUCAAAUAAAAAUUAAAUUUUCUUUUCUUUUGUCUAAUUUAUGCUUAUUGUAUUUUUAGUACUUCAAAAUUAUUUUUAAUAUAUUUUGUUGAAAAAAUGUUGUACGUACAUCUAGGUACUACACUAUUAUGAAUGCUGCCUAAAACUAGAUCCAGAUACAACCUCAAUCACCUCUGCCUGUGUUAUGCUAACAAAUAAAGAGAAACAGUAUUUGCAAAACUGUGACUUCAACGUUCAAAUUAAAUUUCAACAUUCAUUUAUAUUUAUCGAUAACGACAGUUCAAAAUUGACAUAACUGGGAAACGGUUAUUUAUUAUGGCCCUGGAGAAGGCGCAAAUAGCUUCGAAUGCUUGGUAUCAAAAUAAAAGGGUUCCACAAAUACAAAUUUAUUUGGUUUUCCACAAAUACAAAUUUAUUUGAUUUAUUUUCUCAUUUUCAAAAUUUAGCUUAACUCUGCAAUCAAGUUUGUAAUUUUUGACAAUUUUGAUUCUUUCGUGAAUACACUACUUUUUGUAAACAUUUUUGUUGUGAAAUCAAAUUAGUAAAGUUAACCACUAUUUAAAUUAAGAAUUAAACUAUUUCAAUAGUUAAGUUGCGUCAUCUGUUUCAAUUUUCCUAAUGGAAUGACACCACUGGGCAAACAAGAACUUGUUUGCCCGGCUGUGAAAUACGCAUGAGUGGCAAUAAGCGGGCUACAAUUGGCUACGUUCCUCCGGCUUCACAUAUAUACCUAUUUGUAUAUUUUGAAAAAUACAAUCCGAUAAAUUUAUUUUUUAUACGUAUCUAUCCGAUUUUUUUUUUCGCCAAAAAUUCCUGCGAUGCAAUAUUCAGAAGAAACGCGGCAAAUUUUAUUCAUCCCAAGGCUGAAAAGUUGUAAAUUCUCUUCUAGUCCUGUAUUAGAUUUUGAUAAUAAGUCAAUUACCACCAAUUUUCAAAAAUUUCGAAAUUUAAAUAAUUUUUUAUAAACUUCAUCAUUCAUCAGAGUUGAAUUUCCGGUUCCGGUUUAUUUGACUUUUGCUUAUAGUCUAGGAAAAUAGUCGAAAAAUACAUGUAUUGCAAAAAAAAAAUUCCUACCCAAAAGAACUUUUCAGGGAUGAUAGGGGGCAGGUGGGUGAUCAUAAAACCGAAAAUAUCAAACAUUCACCCCUCUGGCGUUUUGCGCUAUAGGGGUUGAAAGUGCGCCAUUGGCGAUUACUUGGUACCUAUUGAUUUUGACUUUUUGAUUAAGAGCCGUCUGUGGUCAUAAGGGCCGUUUGAAAUUUUAUAAUGAAAAUGAAAAAUUUUAACCAACGUGAAAAAUUUUUCCACAACACAUACAACAUUUUUGCUUUAUGAAGUUUUUACCCACCCCCUGCCGUUUUUCAAUAAGGGUAGUUUAAAGUUUAUUUAUUUUUUUACAAAAAAAAAUUUCCUUAUAAAAGUUUUAUAAGAUUACAUUUCCUACAAUUUUUCCCAAUAGACUUUUUUUGUAACUUAUCCCCAUUCAGCGGGGGGACACUUCCCUUAGGGAAAUUUUAGUUUUUAGGGGUAUAUAUUAAUUUUUUUUUCUUUUCUCGUCUUUAGUGCAUACAGGGUGAUUCAAAAGUAAGCGGCAACCUUUCGGGGGCGUAUUCCUUGCAUAAAAAUAAGACAAAAAGUUCCUAUUAACAUGGGUCCGGAAAUGCUUCCUAAGGGAGUUACGCCCCUUCAAAUAGGACACCUGAAAGACGUAUUUUUCUCUAUAACUUUGAAACCCUUCACAAAUGGAUUUUGAAAAUUGGUGUAUUUUAUAAACAUUUGAUGGCAAUUAAGAUACUAAAUUGAAAAUUCAAAAAUCUUAAUCAGUGGCGUCACAUACUGGGGAGGGUGAGGGUUAAAACAUCCCUAUUUUUUUUACUCUUCAGGUUUUUGCGAUUCUGAUUGAAAAUUCAGAAAGUUUACAGUUUUUUACACAGAAAAGGUACUCUUGGUUCAAUUCGAUACAGCGUACCGUUUAUUGACUUUGAAAAUUUUUUGAUUUGCGUAUGUUUCGCAAAAACCUGACGAGUAAAAAAAAAUAGAGAUGUUUUCACCCUCCCCAGUAUGUGACACUGAUUAAGAUUUUUGAAUUUUCAAUUUAGUAUCUUAAUUGCCAUCAAAUGUUUAUAAAAUACACCAAUUUUCAAAAUCCAUUUGUGAAGGGUUUCAAAGUUAUACAGAAAAACACGUCUUUCAGGUGUCCUAUUCGAAGGGGCGUAGCUCCCUUAGGAAGCAUUUCCGGACCCAUGUUAAUAGGAACUUUUUGUCUUAUUUUUAUGCAAGGAAGACGCCUCCGAAAGGUUGCCGCUUACUUUUGAAUCACCCUGUAUAAAAAGGUGCAAUUAACAUUGUAUUAAAAUAAUUUUUUUUCCACCAGUUCGCCUAUUUUCAACUUUACAAAAAAAAGUUAUGGAGGAAAGUUGCUCAAAAUAAUAAAAUGAACAAGUUUUCUCUAUAAAUUUUUUUUGUAACGUUGAAAAUAGGCGAACUACCCCUAAAAACAAAAAGGUGGUGAAAAAAAAGUCCUUUUAAUACAAUGUUAAUUGCAACUUUUUAUAUGCACUAAAGGCGAGAAAAAAAAAAUAAAAUAAAUAUAUUCCCCUAAAAACUAAAAUUUUCCCGAGGGAAGUGUCCCCCUGCUGAAUGGGGGUGAGUUACAAAAAAAGUUGAUUAGGAAAUAUUGUAGGAAAUGUCAUCUUAUAAAAUUUUUAUUGAGAAAUUUUUUUUAUAAAAAAAUAAAAAAACUUUAAACUACCCCUAUUGAAAAACGGCAGGGGGUGAGUAAAAACUUCAUGAAGCAAAAAUGUUGUAUGAGUUGUAGAAAUUUUUUUCACGUUGGUUAAAAUUUUUCAUUUUCAUUAUAAAAUUUCAAACGGCCCUUAUGACCACAGACGGUCCCUAAUCAAAAGAGUCUUCAGAUCAACAUUGUAGAUCAAAUAAUGUUGCACAUCUUUUAUUUGAAACAUUUUUUUGUAAAAUCAAUAGGUACCACGUAAUCGCCAAUGGCGCACUUUCAACCCCUAUAGCGCCAAACGCCAGAGGGGUGAAUGUUUGAUAUUUUCGGUUUUAUGAUCACCCACCCUCCUCCUAUCAUCCCUGAAAAGUUCUUUUGGGUAGGAUUUUUUUUGUUGAAAAUCGACAAUUUUCCUAGACUAUUAGAAUCAUACGAAUUUCUGUUCAAUUCAUAAAAAAUAUAGGAAAUUUUUCAUAGUUUACAUAGUUCUUUUUUUUAUUAUAUUUAUCAUUAUUUAUCUAGGCAAAAAAAGAUUACUUAAAUAAUGGUGAUUUCUCAGGUUAAUAGUAAAAAAGAUAUGUUUUUCUUUCUGUCAUUUUACUGUCUUUAUGAUCAGAUACCUGGGCCGCUUUUUUUACGGAAUGAAAACCCGUUUUGAUCUGCUGUUUAUUAAUAAAGUGCUUUUACAGGUUUACAACUUUCGCAGAUUGAGAAUCAUGAUUUGAGGACUCACCAAGUAUCAAACUGAACAUAAAAAUCUUAUGAUUAGUUAGUUUGUUUGUUGUGUCCAAUGUGAAAUUUUUACAGUUGCUGUUCUUUCUGAUCCUGAUCAAAACGCAACAAAUGAAUAAAACAAAUCAUGAUUGCAAAAAAAAGCGGCUCUGGUAAUAUCCUAUGGUUAGUCUUUAAGUGUGUGUUAUGUGAUGGCUAUGAUGAUUUUGUUUAGGUUUUAAAUCAAUUUUGUUUUAAUGUACAUAUUUUGCCAAUUUUUAAAUUAAUAUGUAUGUCACUUUUUUAUUCUAGAUUCUAAUUAUUUAUAUCAGUGUAAAUAUGUGUAUAAUUAUAUGCAACUGGACUUUUAAUAAAGCAAAUAUUGUAGAGCCAUAUCAAGAAUUAUGAUGUUGUUUAGCAAUGUUAUAUUGUUUUACUUAUAAGAGUAGGAAUUUCGGGAUUAAUUUUUUUUUGUAGAUUUACCUAUGUAUUUCAUCCAGAUUAUUAGUAAAGGAGUAACUGUAACUUGAGAACAAUUAAUCAAAUUACAUAUUCAAAUUCUUAUGAGGACAUUGCGAAAUGGCUGACCAAUUCUAUACAUCUGUUUCAAAUGUAUGGUGUGUUUUUCAUGUCAUAAAAAAUCAAGGAUGGAUGGUCUUGUCCACAAAUUAAGUUGAAGCGCGAAAUAAAUCUUAGCUUCUUCGGACAAUUUUAUUUUUUUAUGAAGCCCUGGUGAUGACAUAAAUCAGUGUCUUAAUUGAUUUAAAUUUUUCAAUAAAAUUGUCGAAAGAAGCUGAGAUUUUUUUCACCCUUUGAAAUAAAUAAUGUAAAGUCAUCUAGACAAACGUAAAUAGGUAUACAUAGUUUUUUGUUUUAUAUGAUAAUUGAUACCCAAUUUAGCGUUUAUAAACUGAAGUGACAAAUAACAAAGUAUAUAUUUGUUUCAUUUAUAGAACUAUGUAUUAUAAAAUUUCAUUUUUUCCAGUGAAUAAACCAAAAAUUUUUACAUUAUCGAUUAGUAUACUUUCGUAAUUAUUUUGUGAAUAUACAGUCAAGUUUUACCGGUUAGUGCAUGUUUGCAUAAACAACAAAACUGGCACAAUUGUUUUUUCAAGAGAUUGGUCGAAUGGCCAGUUGCAAACCAAACCCAUGCAUGUAAAACUUCCACAAAUAAACUGCAUACUAUUUAUUCCGAUAAUAAAAUUAAAAAAAAUAACCAAUCAGAAUUAAUAUCCAUUACAAAUGCCCCAAUAACAAUGAUGUCACAAUUUGAAAGUACUUAAAUAAUACAUUUUGGAAAUAUCGGGGGUCGCUACUCGCCGCUCAGAGCCCACGACAGUCCUAACUCAAAUUGGGAAUAGAGCUGCCUUACAGGGUUCUGCGGCACUUUUAGAAUUCUGUGACGUACCUAAUGUUGUAGAGGCGCUGCUUUAACUGUCCUCCAAAUGUUCUGGCUCAGCGUUCAAAAAGUAAUUGGUUUUCAGUUUCCUGGCGUGUUGUGUUCUGCUUUUCUUGGAUCGAUUUUGGUGCUCGACAGUUGCAGGCUGGCUUGAUCUCUUGCACAUUUGACUGAUUUUAGCGGGGCCUUGCAGUUGAACCUGGAAGUUUUGAUAUUGCCCUGUUGUGUCCUCAAGAUGAGACGCCUUCAGUUUUCUAUCCACAUCGAAUCUAUUUGUUUAUCCAAGUAGUUACACGAAUUUGUUACAAACAUGCACAAAUGACGUCAAGAAUAUGGGAUUAAAUUGGGAUAAUUAUAGGUGUGUUCCUGCAGAAAUCACAAACCAGUCAGAGCGUAUUUCAUUGGUUGAAAACAGUCGGAAAACUAGUUUCAACCAAUGAAAAUCACUCUGAGUGGUUUGUGAUUUCUGCAGAAACAGGCCUUAUAUUUCUCCUGGCUAAUAAUAUAUUCCUAUAUAAACUGCUGGACAAAUGAAGCGGAACAAGCGAAUUUUUGGGUUAACUUCAAAUUCUAAUAUUACGCGUACUAAGAAAGAUAUCAAUGAGCGGUUUGCGAAAAUUAACUUCUAAAUUACGCAAAUCACUCAUUGAUAUCCUCUUUAGUUCGCGAAAUAUCGGAAUCCAAAGUUAAACUAAAAAUUCGCUUGUUCCGUUUCAUUUGUCCAGCAGUUUAGUUAUGUUUUGCAUCUGGAAAAUUUGUUAACAAGGUGCUAUAUGGCCGAGUUUUGCCUUCUCUGUUAGGAUUUGGCCUUUCGAACUGUUUUCAACACACGGCAAGUCAAUUAUCUUUUCAUUAGUGAAAAAAGUACUCAUAAACUGGAAAGCUUCUCCUUCAAAAUUGGGGGAUUUCAGCUUUUUUGUCAGAUUUGGAACCCAUAGUCAUUGUCUUGAUGUGAAAUGUUACGGAAUUCAAUGCGAAAUUCUGCUAUUUAGCAUUUAUGAAAACUAUAAGUUCCUCACGGUAAAUGUUUGAAAACAAAAAUGGAAUGUUUAGGCUUUACAUUAUUCAUUCGACCAAACCUUCAAAGUUGUAAAAUAUAUUUGCAACGUCGUUUAAAGUAGAGGCGACUUUAUUUUUUCAAUAUACUAUGAGGUAUCUGCCAGCGGCGCCGACUUUCGAAAGUCCUCAUGGGUGCAGGAUAAUAAUAAAUUAAAUAAAUGAAUUUAUAAAUUUGUUUAUAGGGAAAAGAGGUGGACGAAAUUUUUUUUCCGGAUGCCACGUCCAAAAACGUCUAUUUUAUAGUGUUUCCUAUUGCUAAAUUCGAGCAGCACUAGAGCAACCCUCGCUCAAUUUUUGUAUUCGAUUUUAUCCCCCCCCCCCCCCCCCCCCCCCGUAUGCCUGGAUAGGUAGUAUAAAUUUUAAACAAACAUUUCAUUUAAUAAUGUAUUUAUUUUUAUUUAUACAGGGUGUCCCCCUUCAACUGGUUAAAAAUCCCCAUUUUCUACUUGGAACCACCCCAAAAAACAAAAAUUAAAACAAAUUGCUUUUUUUUCCGAAUUUUAUUUUAUUUUUUUUGGGGGGAUGGUUCCAGGUAGAAAAUGGGGGUGCAUAAUAAGAAUUUUUAAAUAUCAUUCCUACAUCAAUAAUCCCUAGAAAUUUGAACAGCCUAGCGGCCAUUCAGAUGAUAUGAAAGGGGAUUUUUAAAUUUCAACACUCUAUAUUUUGGAAACGACACACUUCCGACCAUCGGUGUCCUAUCUCAAAUUAGUUCUCUAUGGUUCCUCUGUAUACUCUAGCAUUUUCGACCAGUUGAACGGCAACACCUUGUAUAAAUACAGUAUCCCAUUUUGGUUGUACAGGGUGUCCAAGAUUCGAUGGUUUUGGGGGGUUUCGGGUAUUUCUAAAGAAGUUGGAAAAGAUCUGACUCUCACUUGCGAGCCUCGAUUUUCAAGAGAAAUUGACUGGUGGAAACCGCAUCUCAAUAUGUCAAGUCGUUUUGAGUUUGGAGUAUGGCAGGUGGUCUGUAAGUUUCUGUAGCUUAAAAACGAAUCGAGAUGUGGGUUUCACCGGCCAACUUCUCUUGAAAAUCAAGGCUCUCACGAGGGGGUUAGAUUUUUUCCAACUCCUCUAGAAAUACCCGAGACCCGGCAAAACCAUCGAAUCUUGGACACCCUGUACAUACAGUCGUGAGCAUAGAAAGUGGGACACCCGACUGACAGGUCUUGUCAUUUUUCGCUAUUUCGGGUAAAUCAGGCUUUCCUCUACAAUGAAUUUUUUGUCAAAUAUGACAAUCCCUGUCAUUGCCGUAGGUAUAGCUGAUGAGCUCGUUUUAUAAUAGGAAAAACCGGGUGUCCCACUUUUUAUGCUCACGACUGUACAUACGGAAUAUCUCAAUUGCUAUUGGAAUUAGAAGGAUACGGUUUUCUUUCACGAACGUUGGCUACAUCGCCCUUUCCGUUUUUAGGAUACAAGGUGUUUUUGAAAAAAUUGCAUUUUGAGACACCUCUUGUAUCGUAUCUCGGUUCUCUCAUAAGUGAUCGAAAAGGAGACAACGGGUUCUUACAGAUCUUUCUACAUAGAUUCCAGUGGCGAUCAGUUUUUCUCUAGAAGUGACAGUUUUUGAAUAAUGAACCAAACAUACGUUUUUUAAAAUGAGACACCCUGUAUUAAUAGCUCGUUGGAUAGCUCUGCUUCCGCUGAUUUCAAUGGAAUAAAGUUUGAAUUUGCACCUUAAGGAAAAUGAGAAAGUAAAACACUGUAACAUUGUUUCGCAUGACAAAAACAGAUAAAUUUUUUUUGCUCGAAAACUGUCAAGGAUGAAGCAAUCAAGCCAUUCAAGAGUUUAUAAUAUGUAGAGUGUCUCAUUUGAAAUAAUGUAUGUUUGGGUUCAUAAUUUAAAAACUAUUGCUUUUAGAGAAAAACUGGCAACACUUCUGGAAUCUACGUAAAAAUAUCUAUAGGAAUCCGUUGUCACGUUUUCGAUCACUUGAGAGAGCCGCGAGAUACAAAGUGUGUCCCAAAAUGCAACAUUUUCAAAAACACCUUGUAUCUGAAGAACGAAAAGGGCGAGGACAAUUUUGUUGACGGCAUCUUUCGUUUGUCAGAAAAGUAGCAAGCGUUCCCGAAAACCCGAGCGAAAACUGCAUCCAUAUAACUCCAAUAGCAACUGAGAUAUCCCUUAUGUACAACCAAAAUGGGACACACUGUACAUACACCCGAAGAAAUAAGUACAAGUAGAAGAAAAACAAAAUCAAAAAGUAAGUUAAAAGUAAGCCAAAUACCAAGUACUUAUAGCUGAACCACCGUUGGAAUGACCAUUAAACACUUGUACUUGUACUUCCGCAUUCCCCACGACAGCUCUCAUGGGUGCUCCGCAUCCAUGAGAGGUUGCUCAUGGGUGCACUUGCCCCGAUGCCCCCAUGUAGUCGGCGCCAGUGAUAUCUGCUUCCUGUGUCACUGGGUACAAUAUUUUACCUUAUAACGAUUGCCACCCCCACAAAAAAAAAAUCAUACAUGUUUAGGUUUUUUCAGGAAAUGUUAAAUAUGCUAAAAAACUAUUUUAGGAUUCCCACGUCAUGAAAGUUCCCUUAAAUUAUGUCUAUAAAAUUUUCCACUAUACUUCACAUAAAAAAACCUCAUCCAUCUAUAAUCAUCAUUAUUUUGCGAUUAUUACCAAUCUUCCAAUUCUUUUUAAAAGUAUAAUUGCCCCAAAUAAUAAUGAUGAACGAACGGUCCAGAAGUAGUCGGUACUACAGAAAACCUUAGGCAUACAUACCUUCUUCAUCAUUUUUCUAAUGAAUUUUUUGAGUGUUCCAAUUUAGAAAAGACAAAACCGCUCUAUCUCGAACCAACCAACAAAGGCCUUCUCUUGUGAUGAAACUGGUCGGAACUAGUUUCGAAACUACAUUCACGCGUUUGAACCGGACCUCAAGUUGUUCCAAAAAUAGACCCACGUGGUUUUAUUGGGUUUUCCAGGGGGUUAGCGACUCUUCGACGUUGAUUCAAAUCAGUCACUUUGAUGCCCUCAAACAUUGAUGAUGUUAUAUAAAAAUUGAUGGUUUAAACCGAGAGCAUGUACCUAAUUAUGAUCUUUCUGAUAACCUGAAUGUAUUUUUUUGCCAAAAUUCAUAAUAAGCACUGGAAAGUCCAAAAAAUUGUUUAACCCUGUAUAUGACUAAAGUUAAAUACUAAAUGUUCUUGUGGACAAAUCAGGAAAUGGAAGAUUUUGAUGGCGCGGCGAGUAACGAAUAUUUUUCUUCCCCGAUUUUACAUUCAGAACUGGAAGGAAUUUGAAAAUGUCAUGCGUCAACUAAGUGUUUAAUAAUAAUUGGCACAAUGAAGUUUAUUGCAAUAAAUGUAUGACUAAUUAUUGUAAACACACCUUGUGGACAUUUUGUUACUAUACGAUGCUCCAUCCGCCAGCAAUAACAGCUAUAUCUGGCGAAUUAUAUAAUAAUAAAUAUUGGGGACUUUUGGCCUGGAAAAUUUUUAGCGAGAAAAUAAAUCUUUGUCCUUAUCUAAUUAUUUAUUUACAAGAUUUAUUUUUUUUGUGUGUACAUCAGUCUGGUAUAUUUUAAACACUAGUGUGUAAGAAAUGUAGUAUAUUGUAUAUAAAUAAAUUAUUAUAAUUUUUUCUAUGAAAAAAAAAAAAAAACAAUGAGGACCUGUGGUUAUGAAGACUUUUCUUGUAAUAUCACUUAGAAAGUAUUUUUUUGUUAACGUGGUUAUAAGAAUCAAUAUUUACCUACAUAAUUUAUUAUAAUAAAUACAAAAAUAAAGAUCAAUGUUUUGGCUCUCUGACUAAUUACUGUGUUUUUUUAAUCUUGUAAAAUUUAUUAACUGAAUAUUUGGCCCCUACAAACUGGUUUUCCCUGGAUUCAGGAAAAAAAUGCUUGUCAACAAUUGGUUUACUGAGAAAAAAAAUCCCAACUUAAAUAACUUUUGCUACACCAUUUUGCUAAAAUCUGAUUUGGACAAAUUUGUUUCAUACUAUAACUAGACUACCUAGGUACUUAAUGUUAUUAUAAAAUUAAUGUAAAUAAAUAGCUAAGAUAAAUGCAUAGUAAUAAAAGUAAUUCGAAUACAUCUUUUAAGUUCUAUUACUAAAAUUGUGUUGUUUUUUUUAACCCUUAUAGGAAUAACUACCAACUCAGUCUAAUUAUAAAUUAACCACCCCCUCAUCUUGUUUAGGUACUUGAACUUUUAAAAAGAAUGUUAAAAUUCAAACUGUAAAAAUUU